CUCUUCUUCGCGGCUUCAUUUCGUUGGACGCGUCGGUCGAACGCUUCACGUGGCGUAUAAAUGCAUCACAAUGAAUGUGUUGAAGAUAGAGCAAGUUGUUGUUGGAGGUGAGAGGAGGUCCAACUCUGCAGAGAUCAAGUCUGAGCCCGUGGUCCCCCCUGUGCAGCCCUAUCAGCAUGACAGUCUGCAGUGUUUUCAGUGCUUCAUCACGUUCUGUAACUCCAAAGCCAAGGAGAGACACAUGAGGAAGAGUCAUCGGGACCAGUACAAACAGCAGCUGCAGCAGACUAAUACAGUCUUCACUUGCUACAAGUGUGACAAGUGUUUCUCCUCCUCUGAGGAGCUCAGCCAGCAUCAGGCCACCCACAGCACAGAGGAGAAGCCUUUCUGCUGCCUCUACUGCCGCAAAAGCUUCUUCACCUUUACAGAGCUGAACAAACACAGACGACAUGAAUGCGUAGAACGACGGUGCCCAUGCAGGGACUGUGGCGCUUUGUUCCCCAGUCCCUCACGACUUCGCAACCAUCGCAUCGCAGUGCACCCCCAGCGCCCCGCCGUGGCCAACGACAUCAACACCUUUCAGUGCUGCAAAUGUGGUCAAGGUUUCCAGACAGAAGAAGAGCUCCUGCAGCACCAAGAGAAAUUUGCAAGUGAACUAAACUGUGAUGCUAAGCCACAAGGCAAGAAACGGGGCCGUAAACCCAAGAAUGCAGCUCAGGGGGGGAUGGUGGACAGCAAGAAGAUUAAACAAGAAGAGGAAGCAGAGGGAUCCGAAGAAUGCAAUGACUCUCCAACAGAGGGUUGCUCCUCCGCUGAGCUCCAAAUUCCCUGUCCUGAGGCAGGUUGUGAUCUCACAUUCCCAUCUGUUGCAGCCCUGAGGGUGCACAAGAGGGAGAAACUUGGACUCCCCGCCCACAAGACUGACACAUUCACACAGAGCGAUGACAGUGAUUCUCAGUCCGAGCAGCUUAAAGCUCACAUGGCCAGUGCUCAGAACUCUGGACACACCUGCCCAACCUGUGGAAAGAGCUUUCCCAGAGAGAGCACCCUUAAGGCCCAUCAGAACACCCACACCGAGGGAGAGGAUGAAGCAGAAAAAAGAUAAUAUAUCGGAAAAAGACUGUAACCUCGUUCUACAUCAUUCACUUAAAUGAUUGUCGGUGUGAAUAUUUUAAGGUGAGAGUUUGGUGAAGGUUAUGCAACACAGUUUUUUUAAUUGCUUUUACAAAGACUGCCUACACCUGUGAAUAAAAAUCUCUACUGUUCUGUACAUAAUUAUGACUUACACCGAUCGGCCACAUUAUGACCACUGGCAGGUGAAGGAAAUAACAUUGAUCAUGUUGGUUUUAUGUGGUGUUCUGUUGGAAAACCUUGGAUUUUGGCAUCCAUGUUGACGAGACUUAGACACCCAAAUAAACCCAGAACAAGCACACAUCCCUCAUGCAAACAGCAAUCCUAAACAUCACUGGCCUACCCCUGCAGGAAAAUGCACCCCAACACAUCACAAAAACAUCAGUCAGAAACAUCUUGGGGAACAUGACAGUCACCCAAGAUGUUGAUUUGACCUCCAAACUUCUUAGACCCCAUUCUGAUCAAGCAGGAUGCAGUGGAACAAGUUUGAUUCCCAGAGGCCCCACAACACAACCCAGAGCACCCAAAGGAACCACUGCCAUGGUUCAGAGCAUUUUUGACCACAUAAGGGGGACCAACACAAUAUUAGGCAGGCGGUCAUAAUGUUAUGCCUGAUUGCUGUAUGUCUAUUGUGAAAUCAAGACCUUUUAUUUGCUGUCCUUAUUACCUCUAUUCUACCUGAAAUGUUUUACAUUCAUUGUGGAAUAACAAGCUAAUUCUCUCUUAAACGUGGGAAUGUUUUAUAUUUAUCUGAACUGUUUUAUUUUCAGGAAAACUCAUAAAUGUGACAGUUACACAGAAGAACUACGUCUUAAGAAAAUAUAAUCAGAAAACGCACCAGUGUAUAGGAUUGUCUACUGUGGGACCUCGGUGAUGUUGUCUUCAGGUCCUUUUAUCUCUUUCCAGAAGUAGAUGGUUGUUGCAUUAAACAAUACUCACGUUUCUGUGGAA